AUGAAGUUCUUCAUUGACGACCUUCCGGUUCUCUUUCCGUAUCCACGAAUAUAUCCGGAGCAAUAUGCAUAUAUGUGUGAUCUGAAGAGGACUCUUGACGCAGGCGGGCACUGCGUCUUAGAGAUGCCUUCAGGGACCGGAAAGACCGUCUCACUACUGUCAUUAAUCGUUGCAUACCAGCAACAUUAUCCCGAACACCGGAAGCUUAUCUACUGUUCUCGUACCAUGUCAGAAAUUGAAAAGGCAUUAGCGGAACUUAAGGCCUUGAUGAAAUUCAGGGCUGACGAACUCGGCCACGUAGAAGAUUUUCGCGGCCUAGGCCUAACAAGCCGUAAGAAUCUCUGUCUUCAUCCUUCGGUCAAGAGAGAAAAGAGCGGUACCAUCGUGGAUGCUAGAUGUCGUAGCUUGACUGCUGGCUUCGUCAGAGAAAAGAAGGACAAAGGCGAGAGCGUUGAGACAUGCGUGUACCAUGAUAAUCUGGACCUCCUGGAACCACACAAUCUCGUACCUAACGGUGUUUGGACCCUUGACGGCUUACUGAGAUAUGGCGAGCAGCACAAGCAGUGCCCCUAUUUCACAUCGAGGCGAAUGAUAGCAGAGCGUGUAUCCAAAGAGCUCUCGAAGGACUGUAUUGUCGUUUUCGACGAGGCCCACAACAUAGACAACGUCUGUAUCGAGUCUUUAAGCACAGAUAUCACAGAAGAUUCCCUACGAAAGGCCACCAGGGGUGCUCAAAACCUGGAACGUAAGAUCUCAGAGAUGAAGGAGACAGAUCGAGAACAGUUGGAAAACGAGUACCAGAAGCUAGUGGAGGGCCUUCGAGAUGCCGAUGAGGCUCGGCAGGAAGAUACUUUUAUGGCCAAUCCCGUUCUCCCUGAUGACUUGUUAAAGGAGGCGGUUCCUGGAAAUAUCCGGAGAGCUGAACAUUUUACUGCUUUCUUAAAACGAUUUAUCGAAUAUCUCAAGACGCGUAUGAAGGUCCGACAGGUCAUCUCGGAAACACCACCAUCAUUCCUGGCACAUCUAAAGGAGCACACGUUUAUCGAGAAGAAGCCGCUACGCUUCUGUGCUGAAAGAUUAACCUCCCUUCCACAUUCGCGACUCUUGUCGCCAACCUACGAGAAGGGAUUCUUGCUCAUUCUUGAGCCCUUCGAGUCAGAUACUGCCGAAGUACCAAACCCAGUUCUACAUUUCACGUGCUUAGAUGCGGCAAUCGCUAUCAAACCUGUAUUCGACAGGUUCAGCUCUGUCAUCAUCACAUCUGGUACUAUCUCGCCCUUAGAGAUGUACCCGAAGAUGUUAGGGUUUUCUACGGUCGUCCAAGAGUCAUACGCUAUGACCCUGGCGAGGAGAUCUUUCUUGCCGAUGAUCGUAACUAGAGGAAGCGACCAAGCAACUAUCUCCACAAGCUUCACAGUCAGGAAUGAACCUAGUGUGGUUCGUAAUUACGGUAACCUCUUGACCGAAUUCGCAAGAAUUACUCCAGACGGUAUGGUCGUUUUCUUCCCAUCAUACCUGUACAUGGAAUCUAUUAUUAGCAUGUGGCAGGGAAUGGGCAUAUUAGACGAGGUCUGGAAGUACAAGCUCAUCUUGGUCGAAACGCCGGACGCCCAAGAAACUUCGCUUGCGCUUGAGACAUACCGCAUGGCCUGCUGCAAUGGCAGAGGUGCUGUCCUACUAUGUGUGGCUCGUGGGAAGGUCUCAGAAGGUAUCGAUUUCGACCACCAGUACGGUCGAACUGUGUUAUGUAUCGGCGUUCCGUUCCAAUACACAGAGUCGCGUAUCCUCAAAGCUAGACUACAGUUCCUUCGAGAAACCUACCGCAUCCGAGAAAACGACUUCUUAUCUUUCGACGCCAUGCGACACGCCGCACAAUGCCUCGGUCGUGUGCUCAGAGGCAAAGACGACUACGGAAUCAUGGUUUUGGCCGACCGCCGGUUCCAGAAGAAGAGACUCCAACUCCCUAAAUGGAUCAACCAGGCCAUGCAAGAGGUUGACGGGAAUCUAAGCACAGAUAUGGCAGUUAUCACAGCGAAGCGCUUCUUGCGAGACAUGGCGCGACCCUUUAAAUCUAAGGACCAAGAAGGGAUCAGUAUGUGGAGUCUCGAGGAUCUGAAAGAGCACCAGAAGAAGGUCGACGAGGAACGGAUUAAGGAGUUGCAAGAUGACAAUGCGGCUAUCGAGGCCAUGCAUAGAGCGCAGGCUUUGCAGGCUAUGCAAAGCUACAAUGAUGACUUCGAUAUGGACGACGACGAUCUCGACGAGGGCAUGAUGGAGCUUGACGCGGCGUGA